CCUGUAUACGGUGUACAUCGAGGUGGGGAAGGACGAGUGUGCAUUCAGGCGGGGCCCCUGCGACGCAGUUGUGAUUUGUUUUUAUUUUUCCUUUUCUUAUUUUUAUUUUUAUUUUUAUGUUCUGAUAAAGGUGUUUUCGACAUGUGCUCGGAAAAGAGCUCUCAGCCUCUCUUUCCCCUACCAAUAUCAGGCACCCCACCUGCUUGCUGCUCUUUAGAAAUCUAAACCUCUACCCCUCCCCCUCCUUCCUGACUGACAGCCGAUUAGUCACAGCUCCUUUUUAUACUCAAGCUUUUUCAACCUGGUAGUCGCAGAAAAUCACUCAAUUGCCUUUCCUUCUCUGCUAGUAUUCUUGUCGCACACUUGUGCUCUUUAAAAAUGAUGUCCCGCCAACCGAAGCUACGGCCAAAGUCUCACAUACCCGGCUUCCCAGAUUCCAUGUACGAUCUUGCGACAAUGUCGUCUUUGUCGCAGCUGGAAGCUCGCACGUCGCUAGGAGAAGAUAAGCACGACCAACGUGUCUUUCGCGUCAAGCGCAAGCAUGUUCUCAAGGCCUGUGAUCGCUGUAGAGUCAAGAAGACCAAGUGUGACGGUAAACAGCCAUGUAACCGCUGUUCCGCGUAUAACCAUCCAUGUCUCUUUCGGGAGAGGAAGGCUACGCAGACAAAGGUCUAUUCGCGAGGGUUCGUUGAAAUGCUCGAAUCGCACCACUCCCUUGUCGUGAAAGCACUACAGCGGCUCUAUAAGCUCUGCCUGAAUAAAGAUGGGUUUCCGGGAGAGCCCCUUACAGAGUCCUCUGAUGGUUAUCCUUUGACGCAUGCAAUCUUGGACCGCCUCGGACUGAUAAAACAGGCCGAGGAGAAUGCGGAUGAACAAGAUGAGGACUCGGAAGAUCUUCAAUAUCUAAGAUAUAUGGCUUCUACUGAUUGCAGCGCAACCACCGAUCCAUCUCCAGAGCCUGUUACUCCCCCGGAGCCCUCUCCAAGCAACUGCAGUCCCGUUAGCCCCUCCACUAAGGCCGGUGGUCCUUAUAAAUGGGAAUACCAACCUGUGCAACCGGCUCAUCAUGAACAAUAUGCUGGCUACCAACACUCAGGAUUUCAUAAUGUGACGAUGCCUCGGUCAGCGGUGGACUCAGCUGGUCUGGCAGCUGAUAGCAAGUGUUCCGAAACAUUACCUCCAGUGUCUAACUCAGAGAACUCAUAUUACUAUUAUACGGGUACCGGUGGCAACGCCGAAUCAACGAAAGGCCAUCUUCAUCCUGGACUGACCGCAGGGCCGAGGAUAAUUCAUCAUUCUACCGGUAUGCCUGCUGAGAUUCUCAGUAACUACAGCCUUCACUUGCAGGAUCAACAAUCACUCUACCAAGGCCUUGCACCUAGCUGGGCGUCUUACCCAUGUGGUUGAACUUCUUCUGACCCUUUCCUGGGGAAAUUCCCUCCUGUAUUCCCUUUCUUGAUCAUAUUUUCCUUGGCUAGUAUCUUUCUUCUAUUUAUAUUCCCAUUAACGAGGUCUUUCUACACGCGUAGGACGCGUUGACACACCCAUUUGGUUGCUUUUCUUCACCUUACCUCUCGCUUCACUAUCAUAAGUGCAUGACAUAUACCCCUCUCUUCAUCUGAGCCAUCCUCAGAACUCUUUUACUAUCAAUACCCAGCGUAGUAAACGCAUGGUCCUUCUAUGGGAGACAGAAGCCGACCCAAAUCUGCCUGCCCAACCUUGGGCAGGGUCGAGGCAUUGAUAAUGCCUUUUGUCUACUUUCAUUGGCGAUAGCUGUCUAUCAAUUCAGUACCUGAAGUGGUCAUAUCCCCAAUUGAUAACUUUUCCCCUACGCCUUCGACCAUCUAGGGCUUAUAGUUGCACAUAUAUACCGGGGGUUUACCCAAUCGCGUCUUUCCCUUUCAUCUUACUGCUAGGGUCUGGAAUUCGCUCACUGAACCGACCUGAGCACGCCCUGAGCAGCAUGAAGAAUGAAAGAAGUCGAUUACUAAGCCGGAGGAGCCAGAGGGUGAGUAACUCUGAGGUAGCCUCGAGGAAGCCGCACCAGUAUG